AUGCGUCUGUUCGGUCACAAGAAGAAGAAAAGAGCAAUGAAUCAAGAAGAGGUCCUCAAAACUAUAGAUUCCCUCAGAAAAACCCUUGACGACAUCACUAAGCGCGGUGUUCUUCUGCAAAACAAAGCUCAGAACGAAAUGCAGAUGGCCCUCCAGCGUAAAAAACUCGGAGACCGAAAUGGUGCGCUCAUCUGUUUGAAAAGGAAAAAAAUGUACGAAGGAGAAAUCGCAAAAUUAGAAGGGUCCCGAAUGAAUUUGGAGCAGCAAAUGUUUGCUAUUGAAGGAGCCAGCAUGAAUAAAAAUAUUUUUGACACCUUAAAAUCAGGAAAUCAAGCGUUAAAAGAUGUCCAUGGAGAAAUAAAAAUUGAUGAUGUAGAUCAGCUGAAGGACGAUAUGGAGGAGCAGCAAGAUUUAUUGCAAGAAAUGAAUGAAGCUAUAUCACAGCCUAUUGGGUUUAUGGCAUCUGUAGACGAAGAUGAGCUGCUAAAUGAGCUUGAUGAGCUGGAAGCUAAAGAAUUGGAGUCAGAAAUGGUGGGGAUGGAAACUGGAAAAACGUUUGAAAGGCAGAGAGAGGUUAUUGUAGAUGUAAAGGAGACACCAAAUGUACAGAAGAACCCACAGCAAAAUGAUUUAGAUGAACUUUAUAAUUCGAUGCAGAUGUCAUAG